AAUGAGACUGGAUACGAAGGAGGCGCGUUGGUAAAUGGCGCAAAGAAUGGCGAAUCUUGUGGCAGGCAGGAGAUUGUUACAAAGCAGUUGUUUAUAUCAAAGAAGAUGGGCUUCAGGAGGUGUACUUGAAAGAUUAAAAUCCUUAAUUGGUAUAGAAAAAGAAAACAAUACUGAUGUUUUAUGUGAUAUCCCAGAAGCUAGAGGACUUUAUCUUCAUAGUAACGUGCCUUUGCGAAUGAAAAAGCUCACUUCACAGAUAUUCCCAUCAGCCCUAACAGAAGAUUGGACAGAAAUAUCUACCACAGACCUAGGCACCAAAUUUAAGAUUCUUAAAGAAUGCCGUAAAGAAUUUGGCAGUGUCCCACCAAACAAUAAAUUGAAUGAAUGCAAAUCAGUUAAAGACUUUGUGACAUAUUAUGAAACCCUACAAAGACCAGGAGUCAUUCCUGAAAUGUGGAAGUUAGAGAAUGAUGAUUUACCUAUUAACCUUUCAUUUCAAUCACCAUUACCAUAUAAAACUGUAAAAACUACACAGAGACGGAAAAAGUAUUAUUGA